AUGGCAGCAGGCCCGCUACACCUGCAACAACCCGGACCGAUACCCCUAUAUGUCCUUCUUGUUCUCGUUGUCGGCAUCUGCUGCUACUUCUUCUUCAUAGGCACUGCCGCAGUACGGCUUUGGUUCUACAAAGGCGCCCUCGGCCCCGCUCCAGAGAAGUUCAUCGUGAUCAGGAACGAAACUCAAGAAGACGACCACCAUGCGGCGCCAAUCCACAGCAAACACAACGAGCUCGGCAUAAGCGCUGAAACCCUAAGGAAGCGGCGCAUGACCGUCUUCACCCACGACUCAUUAUCAGCGCCGACAGAAACCAUAUCACACAGCACCGCGUUCUCCCCCCGAAACCUGUCUACAGCAACAACAACAGUCAACCUCCAAGACAUCUCAGACAUCUCAGACCUAAGCUCAUUCACAAACUCGCAAACGCGAGCCUACCUAGCCGAAGAACGCCGAAUCUUGCGCAUGCCCGCCUUCGACGCCGACGACUGCGGAACAGGCGACUACUUCCCAGACAUACCCCUUACAAACCGGCCCAUCGAAUCCACAUCCCUCCAUUCCAACACCCUUACUGCCUCCCAUCUAGGUCUCACGCCCACACCCCGCAGCAACUGGCUCACCAUCUCCCCCCAAUACAUCGAAUACCACGCCGCACGCACCCACCUCCUCUUACGCAACCGCUCCUCCUGCAUCCACGUCACCCCCGAGGGCGAACGCGCAUGUCGCGAACUCCUGCAGGAAGUCACGUCUUUCCUCGUGGAGAUGUAUCCGCACCAAUUCCGUUUUCUGACGAAGCAGCGCAGGAAGCAUGUGCUGAAUGAGCUUACCCGGGAGGAUUUCGAAAUAGAACACGGAUUGGAAUGUCAUCCGUUGGAGGUGGUUGCUAGGUUGUGUGCGGAGGAUUUCAUGGUUUGGGGGCGGAGUGAGAGUACGUUGAAUUGGUAUUUACAAGCUGCUACGACGCUGUUUCCGUCGGGGUAUGUUGUUGCGCCGUAUAUGGGGAAGACGGUUGAUGUCGUGGUGGGUGGCGAGGGGAAGGGGGGACCGGGUAUGGUGCCUUGGUCUGAUCUCCAAUCCAUCCUCAAACUCCCCCUUCCAACACUCUCCCCCUACUCCUCCACCGGCCCCCUAUCCCACACGCAGACCUUCAUCCAAACCCGGCCCCUGCGCGCCACCCUAGCAUCAACCCUCCACAUCCCGCGGCCUAUGGACUUUUUCGCCGGCCACAUAGCUGAUCUGCAGCCAACUGAACUGCUCGUGCGUACUGAAACGCAGAUGUAUGCGCGUCUACCCAAAUCAGGUGCUGUCAUUGUGACCACGCGGACAAGCACCGAGACGCUGAGUGAGAUGAAAGAUAGGAUGACGAUGCGGGAGAAAGAAGCCUUUUUGAAGGAGAUCGGGCAGUGGGGAGAGGAGGAGGCGAGGGUGAAAGGGAGGGAUUUGUGGAUUGGGGUUGUGGAACGGUGUUUGAAAGGUUAG